UGGACGCACACAGGGGAGAAACCAUUUAAAUGCAUGGAAUGUGGAAAGAGCUUCACUGAGAGUGGAAAACUUAGAGGACUCACACUGGGGAGAAACCAUUUAAAUGCAUGGAGUGUGGAAAGAACUUCACUAAUAGCGGACACCUUAGAAUUCAUCAACGGUCUCACACUGGGGAGAAAUUAUUUCAAUGCAUGGAGUGUGGAAAGAGGUUUGGUCAGAGUGGAAACCUUAGAAUUCAUCAACGGACUCACACAGGGGAUAAAUUAUUUCAAUGCAUGGAGUGUGGAAAGAGGUUCGGUCAGAGUGGAAACCUUAGAAUUCAUCAACGGAGUCACACAGGGGAGAAACCAUUUAAAUGUAUGGAGUGUGGAAAGAGCUUCAGUCAAAGUGGACACCUUAGAAGACAUGAACGGACUCACACAGGGGAGAAACCAUUUAAAUGCAUGGAAUGUGGAAUGAGCUUCACUGAGAGUGGAAAACUUAGAAUUCAUCAACGGAGUCACACGGGGGAGAAACCAUUUCAAUGCAUGGAGUGUGGAAAGCGCUUCAGUCGGAGUGGGCACCUUAGAAUUCAUCUACGGUCUCACACGGGGGAGAAACCAUUUAAAUGUAUGGAGUGUGGUAAGAGCUUCAGUCGGAGUGGAAACCUUAGAAUUCAUCAACGGAGUCACACGGGGGAGAAACCAUUUAAUUGCAUGGAGUGUGGAAAGAGCUUCACUGAUAGUGGACACUUUAGAAUUCAUCAACGGACUAACACGGGCGAGAAUUCAUUUAAAUGCGUGGAGUGUGGAAAGAGCUUCACUACUAGCGGAAGCCUUAAAAUUCAUCUCCGGACUCACACAGGGGAGAAACCAUUUAAAUGCAUGGAGUGUGGAAAGAGCUUCACUACUAGUGGAAACCUUAGAAUUCAUCAACGGACUCACACAGGGGAGAAACCAUUUAAAUGCAUGGAGUGUGGAAAGAGUUUCACUGAUAGUGGACACCUUACGAUUCAUCAACGGACUCACACGGGGGAGAAACCAUUUAAAUGCAUGGAGUGUGGAAAGAGCUUCGCUGUUAGUGGACACCUUAGAAUUCAUCAACGGACUCACACAGGGGAGAAACCAUUUAAAUGCAUAGAAUGUGGAAAGAGCUUCACUACUAGUGGAAACCUUAGAAAACAUCAACGGACUCACACAGGGGAGAAACCAUUUCAAUGCAUGGAAUAUGGAAGGAGCUUCAGUACAAGUGGAGUUCUUACAAAACAUCAACAAACUCUUACAGGGGAGUAACAAUAUAAGUCCUAGGGAAGUGGACAGAGGUUCAGUUGUAGUGGAAGUCUUACAAACCAUCAAAAGACUCUGAGGGAUAAGAGUUGUAAGAGUGGAAACACCUACAGGCCAUGAAUUAACUCAAAGAAGAGAAAGGGUUUAAAUAGAAGGAGUGUGGAUCCUGCUUUGGUUAUUAUGGAACGCUUUUUAGAGAGUAGAACCUUUUUCUCUCCGAAUUGACACUUUCUUUCACAUGAAUAGCAGGAAAUCAGUCUUAAUUGCAUGCAGCGUAUGUUAGCUUCUGUUGUUUGUAACGUGGUGUAGACAUUUAUUUAAAGUAAUGAAGGUAACAUUUCACAAUAGUAAGCAUAAUAUAAUAUUUAAUGUGAAUCUGUAGUGUUGCUGCUGAAUGAGGGUGGACUGAGAGUGAGCUGGUGUUGGUGUUUGGUGGGGGGAGUUGGAAAUGUCUGUAUCUGGGAAUGGAGAGUUGCUCAAAGUGGAGCUGAGACUGGUGGUCUUGCAUGAGGAGGGAAGGGGGCACAGGGAAGAAGGGGCCGUACCAGAACAUCUCAAAGCAAUGUGCUGGGGGGGCGGGAGCCAUGGUGACACAAGUGUGUGUAGAAUGCUAUUCCCAUAAUGACACAGGGGAGAAACCGUAAGGAUGAGUAUAAUGUGGAAGGAGGUUCAGGCAGGUCUCCAACCCAGAGUGCUAAGGGUCAGCUUCCUCCAAAUCCACCAGCUGCCCCAAGGCAGGAGCCACCUCUUGGCCUGAGGGUGGAAAGCUUCCCUCCACCUUUGCGACUGGACAUGAUCCGAGGGCAGUGAUGGCGAACCUUUUAAAGAUGGAGUACCCAAACUGCAACGCAAAACCCACUUAUUAUCACAAAGUGCCAACUACUGCAAUGCGCUCUAUUUGGGGCUACCUUUGAAGGUGACCCGGAAACUACAACUAAUGCAGAAUGCGGCAGCUGCACUGGUGACUGGGAGCGGCCGCCGAGACCACAGAACAUCGGUCUUGAAAGGCCUAAAUUGGCUCCCAGUACGUUUCUGAGCACAAUUCAAAGCGUUGGUGCUGACCUUUAAAGCCCUAAAUGGCCUCGGUCCAGUAUACCUGAAGGAGCGUCUCCACCCUCAUCGUUCUGUCCAGACACUGAGGUCCAGCGCCAAGGGCCUUCUGGCAGUUGUCUCCCUGCGAGAAGCCAAGUUAUAGGGAACCAGGCAGAGGGCCUUCUUGGUGGUGGCACCUGCCCUGUGGAACGCCCUCCCACCAGAUGUCAAAGAGAACAACUACCACCAGACUUUUAGAAGACAUCUGAAAGCAGCCCUGUUUAGGGAAGCUUUUAUUGUUUGAUGCAUUAUUGUAAUUUAAUAUUUUGUUGGAAGCCGCCCAGAGUGGCCCAGCCAGAUGGACGGGGUAUAAAUAAUAAAUUAUUAUUAUUACUAUAA